UCAGCUCACAAAAGCUAAAGCCUUGUGUUCUAAACAGCACUCUAGUUUGUUCAUUUCUUGCACUCUUCCGUUUCCUUUUGUCUGACAGGUGCAUUCGACUGCGCGAGGUUUCGCUAUAUCGCGCGUGAGCUUGAGUGUGUGUGUGUGUGUGUGUAUGUGUGUAUGUGUGUGUGGGGGUUUAUUGGGUCGUGUUGAAAGCUCAGGCGCUUAAAAAACGCUGUCAUAAACAGAACAAACCCCAGCAGCUCAGUUCCUCGAGGUGUCAUUCCCGGUAAACUCACUCAGCCCUGCAGUGUUCCUGACUCCUGACUCCUGAAUCGACUCUCUACCGACUCUUUCCUCGCGCUCCACUGAAGAAAGGAAGGGGUCCACUAAUUUAUCUUCUGACUGAGGCGAGCAAACAGCUGAUGCGUUCAAGUUCCACAGUCAGUUAUGGGAUUAAUGACUGGUAGCUUUUACAACUUGUGAACCUCGAAGUUUCAAGAUGUGUGAUGUAGAACGCGAAGAGAAAAAGGUGCUCUCCGAGUCCGUUAUGGAGAGGGGGACUGUGGAAACCAAGGAGGAGGAGUGCCAUGGCAGCCAUUCAGUGGACGAGCAGAAGACGGAUACACACCCAGGACAGCUUAAAAGAAUUCAGAAGGGCAAAGGGAAACUAAUCAGGAGUGCAGCUGUGUGCGAUGACACUUUACCCACUGAAUCAAGCAGCAAGGGCUCUGAGGGUGAAAGUUCACUGGCAGCGAACACUUCAGAGUGUGAAGAAGAGCAACAGGAGAAAUGCAAGGAUGGCAACACCACGAAUAAAGAAUCAAGUCUGGAGUACACAGACUCAACAGGCAUUGAUCUAGAAAAGUUUCUGAUUACUACUCUAAACAGUAGUCACAGGGACAGGCUGAUGUUGUUGAAACUGGAGCAAGACAUGACUGACUUUAUGACAGAUAACUGCUCUUAUAAGAAGUUUCCGCAGAUGUCAUCCUAUCACAGGAUGCUGGUUCACAGAGUUGCGGCGUAUUUUGGGCUAGAACACAACGUGGAUCACAGUGGGAAAGCUGUUAUUAUCAACAAAGCCAGCAACUCCAGGAUACCAGAGCACCGGUUUGCUGACUACGUCCAGGAGGAGAGAACUGAAGAAAAAAGGUCAAUACUAAAAAGAGACAACAGCCAGGAGAAAGAGGACAGUCAGAUGAGGGUGCCACGGCUGAAGGAGCAAAUGAAGAGUAAGUCAUUUGAGGAGAGAGAAGAAGAGUAUCAGAAAGCGAGAGAGCGAAUCUUCUCUCAGGAUUCAUCCUGUCCUGUUCAGACUGUUUACAUUGAGACCAGAGGUCCAGAGGACUGCUUUAAUAUGCACAGUGAGACUCAAAAGAGGAGACAGCUCUUUAGGGGUACCAGGAAUGGUUCAGGUCAGCUGUCAGGCAGCAGACAGAGCAGCUUUGAGCUGGAGUGUUACUGGAAUGACCCUCGACCCUGGAGCAGCACUGACUCUGACAGUUCCACCUGGAGCUCCAAAGCCACACAUUCACACUCAGACAACAAUCCCAAAGUCUGCAUGCCAGUGACAGAGGCAGCAGCCAGUAACAGUUCAGCGUAUGUUCUGGUGCCAACAGAGUCCUCCAUUCUUCCUGGGACUAUCCUACUCAACCCGAACACAGGACAGCCAUAUUUGAAUCCUGAUGGAACUCCAGCUGUUUACAAUCCACCAGUGAGCCAGCAGCCGCUGAGCAAUCAGCUAAACCCAGUGCAGUCACAGGCCCCGCCGCCUCCCCAGCCACUCCAACCACCAGUGAUGAGUCACUCUCUUCCACAGGUUCAGUACUCCUCUAUGACGUACCUUCCUCCACAGCAAGUGUUAGCAGUCUCUUCCUCUCAGUUCCCUACCCCAGAGCAGAGUAGGGAAGACCUUUCAUCUCAGUUCAGUCACAUGGCACUGAGCCAUCAGUCUUUAGGUGAAACAUCAGACCUGUCCACCUACUACCUGCAUGGAGCCCCGCCCACACAGGGGUACUCACAACAAUCUCAACAGAAUUAUGCUCCAUCCUACCCUGCAGAUAGCUAUAUGAGCUCAGGAAUGACACUGGCUAUGCCCACAGCCCCACCCACACAGCCCUGUGGCCACCAGAGCAAUCAGGCCCCCAUGUAUAGUUACACUGGUCAGUGUGCCAGCUCAGCUCAGCAGUAUGGACCGGCCAGUUACAACACACAGACAGGUACAGGAUACCCUGCUCUUCUAACCAGCCAGCAACAAGCUUACUCAAACAUGAUGGGAACUCCAGUGUUACCACAAACACAGAAAAGCAUCAUCAGCUCCUACUCUUCCUCGUCAUCCUAUCAGAUGACCCCACCAUUGCAGUCCUACCCCUCGACAGUGCUGGUCUCCAGGCAGACUGGACAGAAUCAAAGUGCAGGGCCGCCAGCUGGAGUGCCAGUUUACUGCAGCCCUCUAAAUCAUUCUUCACCUCCACCUCUCAGUGUGGGCAAUACCUGCCAAUCAAGCAGCUACAGAAACACAUGCAAUAGAACCCAGAACCAGUGUUGGUACUAACACACACACACACACACACACACACGCACACAAACAGUAGUACAGUCCGAGGGAGGGUAGAAGAACCAAGGUGCAGAAGUACUGUAGUCCUGUAUUCAAUUGCUAUACACUAUGGUGUUUGUUUCAGUAUUAAUCAGUCCAAAGCACAAUAUUCAGAGCAGCAGCACAGUGUGGCCACUUCCAGCCUCGUCCGUUUUCCGUGUGCUGUUUUAUUGUUUUAUUUCUUUUACAUGCACUGAAUGUGUGUGAAUAUUUUGUGCCACUUGCAUCAAAACUGCUGUGUUUAUUUGCAUCAUGUCUACUAGUGCAAUGUAUAAUAAAGUGUGUAUUAAUAUUAUAAUAAAAUAGUUAUUACAUAUUAUGAAUAAAA